AUGGCUGACCCUUGCUCCAAGUGCAAGUGUUCUACAGCCUUGCACUACCAAGAUUUGGCAAGCGGACUUGGGGCGGGGAAUGCAGUGUGGUGUGCAGUAGAUGUGACGAACAGGGCAGGGGUCGGCGUGGGAAAAAGAGAUCAAGAUUCUUUCAGCAUGGCCUUCGGUGCAUCGCAUGAGCAUGUACAACGGCGCAAAAGCGAGGGUUUAUCGAAUUUUGAGCAAGAUGGCAAUGGGUGGGCAACCAUAGCACUUACCCCGCGCUACCCCCCUCGUCACCCCUUGCUCCCCCUCCAGACGGGUGUGAGGAUGCAAGUCAUCAGAUGGUGGGAUGGCUGUCGCCAGUCGGAAUCAGAACUCAAAGAGGCAACAUGGUCUAGAAUGGUGCAUCUCGUGGCAGCCAUUGAGGACUCUGUGAUUGCGCCUAUCUCUCAGCUGCUAGGUCAUGAGGCUUGGGGCGGAUGUAAUCACAUGUGCCCUCUGGGUGCGGGGCAAGCGACUGCGCCAUGGAGCGUCCAAGCCAAUAUGAUGGAUGGUACUAGCAGUAGUGGUGGGAGAGGCAAAAUAACCACCACCAGCCGCACUUUGCACCCGCACACCCACACACGCACGACGACAACGACUGCGACAACGGAUCAACGUGGGGGGCCGCCGACUGUCCCGCGAGGCCCCACGAUGGAGGUGAAGGUGUGCAAUGGCGGUUGGGCAUACAGAGAGGGCCGCCUGCGCGAAACAUGCCAGAAACAGAUGAAGGCAGCCACAAGGACCUGGCGGGCACUCGGGAACCGGCUAGGAUCACGUGAGGCUGCAACACGCACACGCGGCACGGAACUGGCUCCGAGGGGCGCAGCUGGACGCAGCACGGCCUGGCUAGCGUGCAACGAUGUGGUGGCGCAGGCAUCAUUCGCGGGUCCAACCGUGCCUUGUCUACGAGGUUGUACCUGGUUGCCAGACUCACCCUACCUACCGCUCUCUAGCCCACUGCCCACGAUACCCACGACACCCACCUGA